CUCCCUGUCUCUGAUAUAGCAAAUUCAAAUCUCGCUUUUCUAGCUUUCUCUUUCUCCCAAUCUCAAUGUGACUUUCAGAAUCCAAUCGCCCUUUUCCUUUUUUCCCUUCCCCACCUUUCUUCCUCUUCCAUGUCAACAUGAAUCUCUUUCCCUCUCACUCUCUCCUUCCCCUUCCUCAUUCUCUACUUCUUCUUCCUCCUCCUCUUUCACCUUCCACCCGACCAUGUGUACCUCCAAGAAGGCCACCGCAGGUUGUCUCACCGGCAUCGUCCGCAGAAUCCUCUGUUCUCGCGGUCUUCCCACCCACCCCUCUGAUCAAAUCAGAGACGCUGAUUCUGUACUUCAAACUCACCAAGACCAUGAAUUCAAGGCUGACCACAAGACUCAGCCUGGUUCUGUCACUCCUACUUCUACCAAUGCCACUACUCUUUCUGCUCCUGGAAUUGUCGCCAGGUUGAUGGGUUUGGAGUCCAUGGUGGAAAUUCCCACUGAAUCAUCUGCUGCUUCGCUUUCUCGAAGCCGAUCCAUGAACUCUGUUCAAUGCUUCGGGGAAUGCGAUCGCUUGCAGGGGAUUCAUCGGAGGGUCAAAUCUACUUUGUCGUUUCGUGAGGUCCCUGGAUUUACGUUCCUGGAAAACGACGACAACUUCUUGGUCCUCAGCUUCGAAGGCCAAGAAUUUGAAUCCAAAUUGGGUUCUGCGGGAUUGAAGCAGAGACCGAGAUCGAAGGAACAUAGGAGGGAAAAGGUUUCUCUCUGGCUCUGAAAUACAACGAGUGGCAAGGAGAAACAGCGCAGGAAGGUGUGUGAUGAAAUAUCUCUGAGGAAAAAUGAUGGUAAGCUCCGAGAACUUACCAACAUGAUGCCUCAGACCAGCUUCAAGGUUGCUUCUGCAAAGAAUUAUUUCAAUUCACAAGCAGAGAUGUUCGAGGACGUUCUGAAUGAUAGGAAGCUAGAGAGAAGGAGACGGAUGAGGAGGAGGAGGAGGAAGAAAUCAUGCUGUAAUUGUACUGCGAAGAAGACGGAACAAGAGUGCAAUUCAGAGGAAACAAGUCCAGUUUCUGUCCUUGAUUUUGAUCGCCAAGCUCCCGGAUCAGACUUAGAUUCAUCAGGGAUGGGGAUGAGUCCAAGAAGAAAGUUGUCGCCUGAGCUGGGAAACGGCCAACACUUGCUUGUGCGUUUUGAUGCGAACUUGAUGAUUGAACAGAGGAAUGUAAAGGAAAACGACGAAGACAAAAGCGAAACGUCGAGGAGGAAAGAGAAGCAGAGACAGAAGUAUACAGACAUAUGGGAAGAAGCGUGCAGAAAAGCUGGAGACGAAGUAAUAGGAUCAAAGCAAGUGUGGAAGAAGCAAGGGGAUUCUGAAAGCAUAGGCGAAGAUUUAGAGUCAGAAAUUUUUGAACAUUUAGUGAAUGAGGUGGUACAUCAACUACUUGUUGACCAUGGGCGGAGAAUUGAAAUGUAACCUUCAAAAAUAUUGUAAAAUAAGCAAUCUUCUUCAUAUAAAUAUAAAUGUACAAAGAUAUUAAACCCUUUCUCUUCUCAUUUUCUU